AAAAAAAAAAAACCCCUACCUGCUCGCUCCCUCAAUCCCUAGCUAUCCCUAGGUCAUCUCCCCGUCUCCAACCACCGCAGACGCCGCCGGACCCCAAUGGACGCCGCCGCCGCCGCCGCCACCGAUCCCCGCGGGCGCCUCAGCCGUCGCCUCCGAUCAUGGCCGCCUCUAGGGUUUCCCUGCCCUCGCCAUGGUGAUCCUCCCCGCGCCGUCCAACGGUUCCACCAUGUCGGUUCCCUUGAUUCGCCGGAGCAGGGUUCCCCGCCGCCCUCGAGGCGCCCUCUGGAGGAGAUCGUCGUGAUGUCGAGGUUUCUGCAAUUAGGGAAGAGCGACAGGAAAAUUGCUCAGGCUGUAUUGGUCAACUCGUAGCCCGGGAAUUCAGGUUGCGCAGAACAUUGUGCCGAGCUUUGCGGCAGGUUUGGCCUAUAAGAGCAGGGCAUUCUUGCACCAGGGAGUCCACAAUGGACCGGGCACCUCGCACAUGCUCGGGCGAGCAAAGGAGAGCCUAUACUGGAGCCUUGGUGACAGAAACGUUUCUGUUCUCUCGUCAUGAAGACGGAAUGCAUUUCAUGGCCAGCUUGCUUGGAAGCAACUCAUGGCAAUGGGUGCUUGAGUACCAAAAGCAUCUCCACAAUUUGCUUGGAAGCAGCUCAUGUCAACGGGUUCUGCUGUAUCAAAAGCAUCUCCGCUUUUAAGUAGAGAUGCUUGUGCCGUUACCCUGACUGCCACUAGAUAUAAGUUAGUUCCUUACCACGUCGCUUUUGUAGCUGGAAAGUUGAUGCUAGGUGAGAAGAGCUUUGCAGAUGGCGAGUACGUCCCAAUAUGAGAGAAUAUUUACUCGCGAGCUCAGGACAGCCGUAUUUAUGUCACCACAUUGAUAUUCUCAGCAGUAGAGAUGGUUAUCAUAAUCCUCAGAUCAAUAUAUCUGGUCUUGUUUACUCCCAGUAUACUGAUGGCACCAUUUGCGGAUACUCUUGGCAGUAAGUAUAGGAAAACAUGGCUCCGUCUUGUGCAUCGUACUUUGGAGAAGGCAGGUCCUGCAUUUAUUAAAUGGGGCCAGUGGGUGGCGACACGUCCUGAUCUAUUUGCAAACGACCUGUGUACCGAGUUGUCAAAGCUACACACAAAAGCACCAGCUCACAGCUAUGCAUAUACCAAGAAAACUGUCGAGAAGGCUUUUGGUCGAAAGAUAUCUGAAAUUUUUGAGAAAUUUGAAGAAGAACCUGUAGCAUCUGGAAGUGUUGCUCAAGUGCACCGGGCUGCUUUGAAAUUCCGACAUCCUGGCCAAAAGACGCCAAAGAUUAUAACAGUCGCAGUUAAAGUAAGACAUCCUGGUGUAGGAGACUCAAUACGGAGAGAUUUCAGUAUAAUUAAUGCUGUAGCUAAAGCUUCAAGAUAUAUUCUAGAUGAGAGUGUGCAACAGUUUGCUGUCUUCAUGAUGUCUCAAGUUGACCUUGCAAGGGAAGCUGCUCAUUUGAGCCGGUUUAUCUACAACUUCCGCAGGUGGAAAGAUGUGUCAUUUUCGAAACCUCUUUAUCCAUUUGUUCAUCCUGCUGUCUUGGUCGAGACUUACGAGCUUGGGGAGAGCGGCUCACACUAUGUGGAUGACCACGAUGGAGAGGAACGAGUUAAAAGUGCUCUUGCACAUAUUGGCACUCAUGCACUCUUGAAAAUGCUACUGUUAGCAGAAUCGUCUCUGCAGCAGAGAAUUAAUUGAGAAUAUAUGGUUUACGAAAACUGAACAAUUGACGCCGCCGCCACCACCGAUCCCCGCGGAUGCCUCAGCCGUCGCCGGACCCCAAUGGACGACGUUGACGCCGCCGCCGCCACCGAUCCCCGCGGACGCCGCAGACGCCGCCGACCAGUGUAGAGCGCGGUCACGUUCUCCGCGCGGCCAUAUGGACCAUCGCUUCGCCUGAGGUCGCCUAUCAUGGCUGCCACCUGCGUCGGCAGGAACGACUCCCCGAUGGCAC